AUGGGGUGCACGAGGGACGGUAAGGUCGCCUUCCUUACCAACGUGCGGGAACCCAGCUCGCUGAUCGGGGCCAAGACCAGAGGACAGCUCCCGGUCAGGUUUCUACAGGGCAGCCAUUGUCCAUUGGAGUAUGCCACAGAAAUUGCAAAGGAAGCAAAUCAGUACAAUGGAUUUAACCUUAUAUUGGCUGAUGUGAACUCAGGGACCAUGGUUUACAUCUCUAAUAGACCUGGAGGUGAUCCUGUGAUUCAAACAGUUGCUCCUGGGCUUCAUGUGCUUUCGAAUGCUGCAAUUGAUUCCCCUUGGCCAAAGGUUGUUUCAUCAGUAAAUGCUCUUAUGCUAUUCAUUGAUGUUACAAGUCCAUGA